UGGCGGCGGGUGUGUCGGGGAUAGCUGUUGCACUCCUUGUUUAUGUGCUGAUUUUAAGUAAUUUCAGCUCUAUUUUUACUGGACAAAGUCUUAAUAAUAGUUUUUUUCCUUAUGAGGAUUUAAAAUUAUCCUGUACAACUCAUUUGAUGGCGAGCCGUGUGAAUAAUCACUUUGGUUUCGGGAGACAUGCGUUCGCUAUUACCUUUAUUCAUCCACAUCUCUUCAGUAAAACAAGAGGACGAAUGUACAAAGCUGUAUUACACCAACAACAAAGCCUCGCUUUCAUUAUCUCAAUUUGUCUAUUAUUAUCUGGUGACAUUCAUCAAUGCCCUGGUCCAGUUAGCCCACCAACGCGGACGGGGCCACAUGUAUCAUCCAUCUAUAGUAGGAGCAACAUUGGAAACCUACAGGUAUGUUCAUCAUCACAUUGCUAUGCUUUGGAGCAACCGACUGACAUACCGGCUUCUGUUUCUUCGGUGGGCGAUGUGGAUCUGUCGGUGGUUGGCGUUGUGGCGGCGGUUGGUGUGUCUGCGUUGGAUGGGGAGUGCGGUUUGUUCCGGAGGAGUGGUGUGUUCUGCGGAGGUUCGCGGAGUGUGCUGGAGGGGAACCAGGGAGAUGUUGUUGGCCCUGAUGGCGUUCCUGCUGUUCAACGGAGAUCGCCGUGUGGGUGUGAUGAUGCAGGCGGUGACUUGACAAUUCAAAAAUUGUUACAGUCUCAAUCUCAUUUUACUGAAGGAAAUGCUGGUACGGGUAGCUUAGCUACGAUCGGGAAUUCUACAAAACAAAUCAGUUGCCUGUUGUACAUCUGGCCUAGGACUUCAGAUGAAAACUAGCCUCUUGGCUAACUCUGGCAUAUUUUGACUUGUCAUGUUAAUAUGCAUUGUCCUUGGAAUAAAAA